AUGAACCCCCUACUAUGGGCAAGUAUCAUGGGGUGGAAUUUGGGUGUGAUUUACCAGCAGCCAGAAAAUGUUGACCUGGCAGGAUUGAUUGGGUGGAAUGCAGAAAUCUUAAUACUAAUUUCGUAUAAAGUCAAGAUCUUGGCUGACCAAAAGCCAUAUGGUGAAGAAGGCGGAGUCGUACUCAGUCAGAAGCAACAACAGCAACAACAACAACGACAGCAACCAACAAACGAACAACAUCAACAACCAGAACACGAGCAUGAGGUUUACUAUGUCGACUUCGAUCCCUCCUGUCUAUCCUUCAUCCUCAACUUCUACACUCAAGCCAGACUGUCCUACUAUGGUACUCAGAACAGACCACUCGAGCCAGUCCAACUUCAAUCUCAACUCCCCUCACCCCUCUUCUAUCGACAGGCGAUCAUCGUCCUACGCGAGGAACUCGAAUUCUUCGCAAUCCCAACUGCCUCCGAUCCACCGCUUACCAAUCAUCACAAGCAUCAGAACCUGCUCAGCGAACUCAAACUGAAAUGUGGGACUAGCUUACUCCAACAGCAGAACAUCUUCACCGCCUUGCAACGUAACGUCAAACGUGAAAAUAAUAUUGCUGAACAACAUCUGAUCGAUAUGUUAUGUAUGAGUGGCUUCACCCGAGAGGAUUCUUGGGGCUAUCGAUCAGCCGAACCACAACGCUGUUCGAUCACCUCAUUAGCACUCGUCCUGCUCAAGACUGGGAUCACUCACGAAUCUCAAGAGAUGACCGGUCCGGCGAAUCUAGCUCGGAUGAACCCACAGGUAAACUCGGCCCAAUUCACGACCGCUCAAAAGCUACUCUUGUUUUGGAGGAAACCCGCGCGCAAGUGCUGGUGGGAUGCCACGGUCAUCAACCUUACCCUUUCAGAUCAACAACCUCGAGCAGUCAAACUGUGGGCAAGACGCGUCUGGACCCUCGAACUCAGCUUAAUUUGA